AUGCCCAUGCAGGGCAGUUCGGAGCCUGCCAGUCCCGCCUGGGGCUGGGCAGGGGAAGAGGAAGACGACUGGGACAGCCCUGCCUUGAGCCUGCUGGCACUUGCUGUGGUCGCUGCCACUGCUCUGGCCUUGCACUGGUUUGGCUCUGGGCAGCACCAGGAAGCAGAGGGACAAGCAGCAGCCACAGACUCCGGGGCUCAAACUGCUCAGACUGGAGGAACUGGGCCAGCCCUGUCUCCAAAGGCCAGUGGCGGUAUUGGAGGAUGUGGCCCAGGGCAGGGAAAAGCAGCUCUUCCGGGAGCAGGCAAGGAGAGUGUGGCUGCCACAGGAGUUCAGGAGCAGAAGACCCCCCCAGGUGGGGGGCUGGCUGCCUUGGCGGCACCUUCGCUCCAGACAACUGGUCAAGUGGCUGGCGGAAAGCAGCAGGGCAACAACGCUGCAGAGGACCCUCAAGGGAGAGGAAAGGAACCUCUGGGGUCAGGCUCCGUGCUGGAGAGGAGCAAAGUAGGGGGGACUUCUGCCCCCCUCCUGAUAUACUUCACCCCUCGGAGUUCUGGCGAAGACAGGGAGCUGCAGGAGAAGACAGGAGGUGUCCAAGCCAAGGCAGCAGGCCACCAGCUCCCGGGCCACACCACAGCAGAGGACAGCAGACCCUGGAAAAGGGCUCUGGGGCCACCUCCUGCCACAGCCCCCACCCCUGUCCCUGCUCCCGUUCCCUCCAGCCCAGCCCCCAUGCCCGUCCUUGCUCCCACUCCCGCCCCCGCGGCAGCCCCCACCCCUGUCCCUGCUCCCGAGCCGUCGGGGCGCGGGGCCGCGCCCCAGGAGCAGGAGGGGCGGCUCUCCACGAGCUGGGGGACCCUGAUUUCGAUGGUUCUCAGGAACCACCCCUUCCCCAAGGCGGAGAGCCUCCCGGGGAGAGCCCCCGGCCCCUCCACGCCCUCUGGGGCCCCGGGUGGGGCCGCGCCCAGUCUCCCGGAGGGGCUCUGCUCCGAGGCUCCGAGUGGGCCGCAGAGCCAGGGGCCCCCCGCAGCCCCGCGGCCUCGCCCGCGCCCGCGGAGACGCAGCCCGGGCGCCGCGCCGCAGCGGGAGGCGCGCAAAGCCGCGGCGUUGCCGCAGAGCGCCGGGAGCGGGGGGCCGGCGGACCCCAGGCCCAGCGCCGCGGCUCGCGAGCCCGCGUCGACAGCUGCUCUGCCGCGGCCCCUGGACCUCGGCGGCUGCCUCGAGGCGCUGGCCGUCGCGCAGCAGCGCGGGGAGCCCGGCCUGGCGCAGGACACCUACGCCCUCAUGAGCGACAACCUUCUGCACGUGCUGGCCGAGCCCGGCCUCUACCGGCAGCUGAGCGGGGCCGAGCGCGAGCGCAUCCUGAGCCUGCGGACCCGCCGCGGCCAGGCCGUGCUGGGGGUGCUGGUGCUGCCCAGCCUCUACCAGGUGAGCCGCGGGGGUCUCCCCCGGAGAGCACCCAGGGAGGAGGCCCCAGCGGCAGAGCCUGCCCACCUGCCUGCCCGCUCCCACCUGCACGUGUUCAACCCCCAAGAGAACACCUGGAGGCCCCUGACCCAGGUGCCCGAGGAGGCCCCGCUCAGGGGCUGUGGUCUCUGCACCAUGCACAACUACCUGUUCUUGGCGGGGGGCAUCCGAGGCUCCGGUGCGCAGGCAGUCUGCUCCAAGGAGGUCUUCUGCUACAACCCCCUGACUAACAUCUGGAGCCAAGUGCAGCCCAUGCAGCAGGCACGAGCGCAGCUCAAGCUGGUGGCCUUGGACGGGCUGCUCUACGCCAUCGGGGGCGAGUGCCUGUACAGCAUGGAGCGCUACGACCCACGCACGGAUGCCUGGACCUCACGAGCUCCCCUCCCUGCCGGCACCUUCCCUGUGGCACACGAGGCCGUGGCCUGCCGUGGGGACAUCUAUGUCACCGGGGGCCACCUGUUCUACCGCUUGCUCAGGUACAGCCCUGACAAGGACACGUGGGAUGAGUGCUCAUACAGUGCCAGCCACCGGCGUUCCAGUGACAUGGUGGCGCUGGGGGGCUUCCUGUACCGCUUUGAUCUGCUGAGGGGGGUGGGCGCUGCGGUGAUGCGCUACAACACAGUGACAGGCUCCUGGAGCCGCACAGCCUCCCUGCCCCUGCCUGACCCUGCUCCGCUCCGCUGUGCUGUUCUGGGCAACACCAUCUACUGCCUCAACCACCAGGUCACAGCCACCUUCACGGUGUCUGAGGGGACAGCCCAGUUCCAGGCCAAGGAGCUGCAGCCUUUUCCUCUGGGGGGCACAGGUGUCCUGUGUCCAUUCACCCUGACUCUGCCCUCGGCAGUACCCCUGCAGACUGCCCUCUGA